AUGAAUGGAAAUGCAUCGACUUCUAAUGUUGUUCCGUGGGAAGAGUCGGUGCUCAAUCCAGAUGCACCGGCCUUUCAGCCGGCUCACUCCGAUCACUCCGAUGAUCAUUCCCUCUUUUUAACUUUCUCAAACGGGUUCCCUUUGUCGGAGGACCAAGUCUUCAAUUUUUUUGACAGCAUGUACAAAGGUUUAGUGGAGAAGGUUUAUGUGCACAAACCUAGGGCAGGAGUCAAGCCUUCUCUCUUUGGGAGAAUCGUGUUCAAACGUGCGCUGAUUCCAAAUCUUGUGAUGGGAGCCAAGGAAAAGGUGAGUUUCAGCGUUGAAGGCCGUGCGCUUUGCUGCCGCAGGUUCGAUUCCAAGAAGUCCAAGAACGCAGAGCCCUCCGUUGCACCAGUCGCCGACGAAGACAUCGGGAGUACCAGGCGCCGUGAAGCUGGGAGUGACGGUGAUGAUGAGUGA